CAAAUUGGCUUUAAACUUCGAGACUUUGGACAAACUAGUUGUCUGGCACUGAGAAUUGUGAUACUGUUGAACAUUUUGAAUGUUUUACUUCCCCUCCGGUCUGCCUUGUUCUUCUGUAAUGACUGACUUUCUCUGAUCUUACCCAGAUAAAAAGCAUGUUGCUAAAAUAAAACUGGGGUGGGUUUUGCGGAUGGUUCUCUCUUGUCUGCAAGUGUGUGAGCAACUGUUUCUGAUAGGGCUUCUGUGAUCUGUGCAGUUUUUAUUGGAAGUUUCUCCCUCUGUGUUUCUGUGCUUCUCUGUGCUUCUCAGUAAGCCUCCAGCUCUCUUUCCCUUCCUUCCUUUCCUCCCUAAGAAAACAUGAAAAAGGUCCAAAGACGAGUGAGAAUUAUUUGAGCUGAAUGUGCUCUGCGCUCAAUGUGAUGCAAUCCAAAAAGAGAAAAAAAAGAAAAAAGUGGCUACAUUAGGAAAUAGCCUUUACUCUGAUGCCUUGUCCCUUAUGUCUGAGGGACUGUUUGAAAAUGCAUCACUUUAAAGUAAAGUUCAAAGCUGCACUGUUAAAGCGGUCAGAACUUUUUAGCAUUUUCAUACAAAUUAGAUGAACUUCUUUAAUUAGUUUUUUUCUUAUCAAGAGGGACAUCAAACGUUUUUUUAAGGAAUCCAGUGAUUUAGGAGGACAGUACUUGGGCAAGUGAGCUAAACUAGAGGACUCAACAUUUAGACUGCCGGUUCUCUGGCUUUGAACAAUAUCUCUGUUGCCGAUCUAUUGCUCAGCGGGAAAAAGAGCAGGUCAGAGUUUGUACACCCACAGACAGUUUUAUUGUGUUUUACAUAUUCAUCUAAAACAGGAAUUGUACCAAUUUAUCUUGAAUAUGCCAAUGCGUGCUUUUCUAGUCAUCUGUAGAACUGCAUUUUCCACUCCAUACUUGUUCAGGCCUCUCAUGAACACCCUCUCAUGACAGCAUUGUUCUGCUACCGUUCAUAGCCACACUGGCCACAUUUAGCAACCCAACAUAUGACAUUAACCGCAUGGAAAAAAGUGAAUGGCAUUCAGAUCAAAGAAUCUGAUGAAGUUAAGCCUUGCUUCCAACACAAGUCUCUCUAAACUAUGCAAAGAUAUUUUUUAUCAUUAAGACAUGUGUGUAGCCAUGCACACACACAGCUCACUCAGCAGUGUUUGUUUGAUAAGGCAGGCUGCUGGACUGCGCUGCCUGGAGCAGUCUUGUUCCAGGUACUCAUCCAGGUGCUGAUGACUAGCUGGCGAGGUCAGCCCGUUGCUGCUGGCUCAAUAACAUACCAGAAAGAAAAAAAUCCAGUGCAAUAUCAGGUGUUUUGGUAACCUUACACUUUGUGUGUUUUUGGUAGACCACCAGUCCUGAAGCACAGUUACAUUAACAGCUUGUGAAUGUGUGAAACUGUCUCACUGUGGAGCAGAGUGUUACCCAAGGUAAAUAAAGGUUCAAAAAGCAUGCUAAGUAGCAUUACGUCCUUGUUGAAAAGUGGUGCUCGGCUGCACCAACAGCCACCCCUCACUGCUGGGUUUGGCUCGGCAGUGGGGAGAACUGCUGUAGUUUUUCAUGUUCAUGUGACUACAACACCUCACUGACAACUUUAGGUCCUCUGGUCUAUUUUGUUGGGGAUGCAGAGGGGUGAGUUUACCUGAGAUGAGACAAAAACGUGCAUUCCUCAAAAGUUCCUCCCAUCCAUAAAAAAUAGGCUUCAGCAGAAUUAUGAGGAGCUUCCACAACUAUGAGAUAAAAAUGACAUACCUCUCUAUGUACAGAAGCUGUUGUACCUGCCUGCUUAUAAUGCAUAUUUAUAUAUGUCAUAGACAAAUUCUGUACAGUUGUUGUUAUCCCAUCCACACAUCAGAUAAUGUGAAUUGCUCUUGCACAUCUACUCCAGCCUGUGAGUCUGUCAGUGUAGAAGCUAGUUCUUUAUUUAUUUGCUCCACUUUUCAGCAUGUUCACUUGCUGUAAUUCGUUGUAUUACAUUCACUGCUCUGACUUAUUUUUAUCUGAUUCUCUGCUGCUGCAACGACCCAGUUUCCCCACAGGGAUCAUAAAAUUUUCAUCUAAUUUAGGAUUUCCGAACAAGUAAACUAAUGACAAGAGGAUACUCCUAGUUUAGCUGUCAGCUGCCAUGCUGACAUUAAUCUAACUCAUUGCAGACAAGUUACAAUUAAACUUACAGAAACAGGAAUUUCAGUGAACCCAGUCCACACACUGAUUUCAGUGAUUCCCACAGAAUAUUAGAAUAUAAUCUUAUUAAACCAUCGAGUAGACCAUUAUGUGCCCAUUGACACAUUUCUAAUUAUAGCCUUAUGUGCAACUGUGUAAAGUAACCAAGUACCUUUACUCAUGUACCAAGUGUGAGGUAUUUAACUUAGUAUUACAUUCUACCUCACAAAGCUUCAAUGGAAAUUAUUGCACUUUUUACACCACUACAUUCAUUUUAGAGCCAUAAUUAAUUCUUACUUUACAGAUUUUACAAUUGAAAUUGAAUUCUGAAUGCAGGCCGUUUCCUUGUAACAUUGCAUUUUUUUUUUACAUUGUGGUAUUAAUUUUACUUAAAGUUGCAUUUAGUUAUUUUUCUUUGGGUCACUUGCAGGCAGCAGUACGAGCUGUAACAACACUGAUAUAUUAUCACCUUAGCUCUGCUUUGGUCUUCGCCAACUCUUGAGAAAAAUAGGCUUUUCAGCUGCUAAACGCUCCAUUAUGUUCAUCAGAUAGUCACUAACUUUGUCUGUUUGCCAUUUGGUGCUGGGCAGGUAGCGUACAGUUGGCUUUUAGAGCUUUUCGCUGAAGACAGCUGCCUGCUGCUGCUGGAAACAAGGUUGAUGAGGCUGUAAAACCAAAACAAUGAACUGAAAGAUGCUACACCACUCUGUAGAGCUGAGGGGAACUGCGGAGUCGGGUGGUAAUUUUCGGUUUAUAAUAAUAAUAACUUUAUUUAUAUAGCACCUUUCAAAACAUAGUUACAAAGUGCUUUACUUAACGGUUUGUCACUACGAGCGACACUUUUCACAUUACACAUAGUAAUUUGAUUCAUUGUAAACAUAGAAAUAUUAAUUAGUGCUACUAAUAGUGAAAGUUUUGAAUACUUCCUUCACCAUACAUAAUGUACAAGAAAAUAACUUUUAAUUGCCUUUUUUAAAAAAAAAUCUAUUUUCAUGCAACUGUUCAGGAGGGAACCCACUUCCAGUGGACAACACUGACUAUCUGAUACCUGGUAUUAGUAUCGGCUGAGAUGGCUCCUGUUGAUGAUGUUAUGGCAUGGGGAGAGUCGCUCGACCAUCUUCUGGAGUGUAAAAGACAGCUGGUGUUUGAGGACUUCUUGAGGACAGAAUACAGUGAGGAGAACCUUCUAUUUUGGCUGGCCUGUGAGGACUACAAGAAAAUUACCAGUGGGAUAGAAAUGACUUCUGCUGCCAAAAGGAUCUACACAGAGUUUGUCCAAGUUGAUGCGCCUAGACAGAUAAACAUUGACUGUGUGACGAGAGAAGAAAUCAGUGAAAGUAUCUCUCAGCCGGGGCCAAAUUGCUUCAACAGGGCACAGAGACUGAUAUAUGGUCUGAUGGAAAACGACUGUUAUCCGCGAUUUCUGAAAUCAGAAAUCUACCAAGCUCUUCUGGAACAGGCUGAACAGCGAUGAAAGAAACGUGAGGAAAAAAGCUCGUCCAACGCCCCUCUGAAUGAUUGAUUCUGCACUUCAGCCGACUCUCCUUAGAAUCUCAGUUUAGAACAAAAAAAAAAAAGGCUUGUCUGUCAGAGGAAGCAGAAGUGAAAGGAGAUACAGAGCUGUAGGUAUGGGGACUGACAGGAUCUAAAAGCCAAACAUGAUCUAAAUAAUGUAUUAAGAAGCUUUUGAAGUCAAUUUGUGUUUGGAUCACUUUAUAUUGCACAAACAAGGAGUGUAAUUCUGACUAAGGCUGACAUCAAGCUCUGAAAGGUUGACAUUUGUUUGGAAAGGCAAGUAUCAAGAGUAAAAUGUGUAUACUUUUUGCACACAAAUUAGUAAUUUGUACAAUUAAUAAUAUAUUCUAUUCAAGUCCAAAGCUCUACUGUGUGUCCCGUGAAAAAAAACUGUCAACUGCCCAAUAUGAACCCCAGUGUGACAUCCUCAUGUUGGUCUGUUACAAUUCAGUAUGAUUAUAUUUGAUGAGUGAUUCCACCUUCUCAUUAUACAUAUGUAACAUUAACAAACAACAUUCUGUGUGCUGGUAUAGAAUCCAAAAACCUGUUAUUAUCUGGUUGCAUUUCUGAAUAAUCAGUUACCAGCAGUUUAUUUAGUUGUCUGUGAUGUACCACCCAUGUAAUUUUGUUUGUGUUGGAUAUACAUCACAUGAAAAUACAAUAAUGGCAACUUUAAAGCAUCUCACUCCCUGCUCUUAAAUAAGUUAUUUUUGACAGUAAAUAUUGUGUUAGAAUUAAAA